UGUGUGGAUUAUAUAUUUAGGUCUGAGUUGCUCAUAGACACACACCUACUGUGUACCUGUUUUUGCUCACUUUGGUGCACAUUUUAGCCAUCAGUACAUCUUUAGCUGGUGUUCCGACUGGAUUAACACAGACUGACUUAACGGAUAUUUGACCUUUGAUUGACAUCAAUCUCACAAAGUUUUCAACAAUGGCCGACGGUGACAAGAAAGCUCCAUUCAUUGCUGACAUCACCAGACAGACCCAAACAAAAUGAGGCAUGUGGAGACUCAGGAGAAAAACCCAUUGCCUGACAAAGAAACCAUCAGGGUUGAAAAGACUGAACAAGAAUUGAGAGCAAACAUCAACAAGUUCAACAGGAACAGUUUAAAACAUACAGAAACACAAGAGAAAAAUCCUUUACCCGAUUCUUCAGCAAUUCAAGGGGAGAAGACUGAGCAGGAGUUGAAGGAAGGAAUCAGCAACUUUGAUAAGAAAGCCCUUAAGCCUGCUGAGACUGUGGAAAAGAAUGUGAUGCCUAGCCCAGAAGCCAUCCAGGUUGAAAAGACAGAACAAGAAUUGAGGACCAACAUCAGCGAGUUCAACAGGGACAAUUUAAAGCACACGGAAACACAAGAGAAAAAUCCUUUACCGUCUCCAACAGAUGUGGAUAUGGAGAAGAAAGAAAAGGAGUUUCAGGGAGCAAUCAGCGGGUUUGACAAAGGCAAACUCAAACACACUGAUGUGAAAGAAAAGAAUGUUUUGCCAGACAAAGCUGCAAUUGAAGCUGAGAAAAAGGGAGCCUUGGCCUAAAAGGUCAGAGUUCAUCAUGUUGCUGCGGUAUCCACUGAGGUAAUGAUUGUUGAUGACCUUUGACAUCUGAUGACCAGCCGGUGACCUUGACCUCGACCUCUGAUGAUUCUGUCUUGUGAUUUGUCUCAAGUCUUCGGACAUUGUGAUAUCAUCAACUGUCUUGGCAAGAAAAUCUCUGUGGUUUUCACCUAACCAAAGUUCAGAUCACUGAUUGCUGAUCUUAUUUUAAUGUGCACUAUCGUUUAACUCUGUUAAGAAAUUUGUUCAGUAUUUUUGUACUCUAGUUUUACGAAAGCAUCAAGUAAAACAUUUAUUGUUUUAUAAAUUUGUGAUACUCUCAGUGUGGCGCAAACAGUAGGUAUGACCUAUAGUUACUAUUUUGGACAUUCUUUCGAAGAUAUUUGGGAAACAUUUAAAACUUUGCUCAAAGAAAAUUUUGGAAUAAAACAAUGAUAAUCUUAGUUGUGUCUGUCUGAAAUGAGGACCAUAUUGCCGAAACAUACCAAACAAAAAGAAAACAAGAUAGUUCUUCUAAACCCUGGUCUGUCAAACAGAUGAUUCUCUUAGGUCCCAACACUUGGUACCAGUAACGUUGUAAAUUUUCAACGAUUUAGACUUGCGUUAUUCCGUUUAUUAACAAACUAAACAUCGCUUUUCACUUAUGCAUAUGUUACAUGUAACUCAUUAUGUCUUCGUAUUUUUUUCUCUCUUAUUUUGUUGGCUAUUGCGUUAUUAGUCUCACUACAUUUAUUUUAUAGACAUUUCUGUUUUUAAUAUUCUUCAGAGUCUUUUUUUUAACUCACUGUUGUCCACAAUCAAAGUUCAAAUGGCUAUGAGAUUGAAAAUUGCAUUUCACCAUUGUAGCAUACGGCAGAUUUUGAUGGUUGUUCUGUGUAAUCACAGUGGUAGUAUACAAGGUUCUCAAGUAUAAGUACUGCAACUGUACAUUCGACACAGAAAUCAUUGUAUCAGUAUGUGCUUUGUCAAUGCAUAACUUGCAGCAAAUUCCACACUUGCUGGGAAAAAAAAUCCUAGUGACCAUUUGAUUUGGUUGGCCUCUGAGUUUGUUUUAUAGGAGUUUGCUUGUACUGUUAAUCUUGAGUAGAGUAUUUCAAGUACAGACCUGUUGUUCACAGUAUUGUGAAGUGUAUGCAUGAAAUCUAAAAUCAUCUAAAAAGUUAAAGGUACUAGGUAAAAAACAAAAGCUUGGAGUUCAUUAGUUUUGAAGAAGAAUUUUAUAUCUUGUUUUUAGAUAGCUAUUAGUCUUUAAAUGAACUGAUCAGUCUUGGUAAUCUUAUUAGACGGAUUUAUAUGGGAUUAGAAGUUAUAUAUUUCCCAAAUAUAUCUUGUUAGUCAGUGUGGACUAAGUUCUCUAAUAGGUAAAACAAAUUGGUGCAUUUUAACUUUGUGUUUCUAUGUAAAGUCGUGCUGACUUUCUCAGUUGCCAGGUGUAAAAUUUUCAGGUUGUUUUUCAUUUUCACGUCUCAUAUUUGGAUUUCAAAAUUUGCAUGCCAAAUGCGUAUAUAUAACUGUUUGUAGCAAAAGGUUGUCUGAUGUUAAAUGCCUAAAUGUGUAACUUUGCUAUGGUUGACUCAGACAUUGUUUCCAGUUUUAGAAUCUGCCCUAUUAAACUCUCUUUAGUUGAACGAUCAUGGUUGAUGUGAAAAAUUAAGAAUUUGUCCAACUGGCUGAAAAUGUUGCCAAAGUGUAAAAAAUGAGAGAAAGUGAGAUAAAAACUAAUAGAGAAUAAAGAUAUGAUCAGAACAA